GAGAUUGUAGGAGGAGGUCAGGGAAAAAGUUCCAACCGCUGCGAUUUCUUGCCGGCGAAUUUCAAGUGAGAGUUUUUCCGGCACGGCGGUCGCGGUGAAGUUUCCUUCUAAAAAUAUAUCUGAAAGCUGCUAGGGCUUUCGGUGUCUGAUAACAUCUGUCAUCCUUCGAAAUGUCCGGCCAAACGCUGACCGUGAAACUUUUCCGGGGGGAUAACACCACCUCCUGGGGGUUUAGGUUGCAAGGGGGCAAGGAUUUUAGCGCCCCUCUCUCAGUGCAGAGGGUGAACCCUGGCAGUCUGUCUGAACAGGCUGGCUUGAUGACAGGCGAUGCCAUUUUGAAAAUCAUGGGACACGCCACCGAAAAUAUGAGGCACAAAGAAGCACAAGACGCUAUUCUUAGAGCUGGGAACAAUAUUGAACUUGUCGUGCAAAGGGGAGGAGUGCGAGUAUGGAAGCCGACAGUGACACCCGUCGGUGACUUGCCAAGUGUGACCACACCCCCGGCGGCAGGCCUCUACACCAAGACAUCCCUGGCUGCCAAAAAACAGGAAGCCACUCCAAUCGGUACUAAACACAAUACUACUCCUCGACCCUUUGCACCGCUUGGAGGAGGUAAAGCCUUGGUAAACAAUCAAUACAACUCUCCUGCACCACUGUAUUCCAUGAACAACAUAGCUGACACGCUCUCCGCACACACGGAAGUACUGUCCUCGGGUGCUAAAGGUAUCAACUUCAUGAAAGAACCUCAGCCUGUUAACAAAGACUCUGCUGUAUAUCGAAUGAUUAUGGAAGAAAAAGAAACUGGAUCCCACAUAGAGACUGGCUUGAAUCAUGUGGAUGCACCUUAUAGGAAAGAUUCCCCUAUGACCCAACAACCAGUGACACAGCACGUAUCUGCUCCAGUUACUAAGCCUCCAUCGCAAACUGGUGACAAACCUUUAGGACCCAACUGCUGCCCCGAGUGCGGAAAGACUAUAGUUGGAGUUUUCGUAAGAAUAAAGGAUAAGUCUCUGCAUCCCGAAUGCUUCAAAUGCAGUACCUGCGGUACAUCCUUGAAAAAUGUUGGAUACUUCAAUGUGAAUGAUAAAUUGUACUGUGACGCCCAUGCCAAAUUGGCCGCCAAAAUUGCCGCAUCCAUGCCAACCUAUGAACCACUCGUUAUUAGCCAGCCGACCGAAGCACCUCCGAUUCCCACCCCCUUGAGCCCCACUCCUCGCACUCCAAUCAACGACCCCUUAUCCCCGGCGGCUUACAGGAGUGUUUCGCCAGUUCCUUUCCAUAAACCGGGAGAAAUGCAUCAUGUGGAAGCUCCUCAGAGUCCUCAACCACUAUUGUCACCACCCUUCAAGCCGCAUACGCCUUCUUUCACUCCGGCUGCCCCUGCUCCGUCGUUCAAAACGCAACCAGCUCCUCAAAGUCAGGCACCUGUAGCACCGCCAUCAGCUCCUAUAGGAAAUGUAACAAGUACGCAAGUUACUGGUGGACCAGGUCAUAAGUUUGUGUGGCCACCUCAGAAGAAUGCUCCCGCACCAGAAUCUAUUCUUACCUCAAACAUUAACCCUCCCUUGCCAUCCUAUCGACCUCCUCCUGGCACCCAACAUGCUACUCCUUCUCCUAAAUUCUCUACUUCUACUUCACCCACUCCAAAAAUUUCUAGUCCAACCCCCCAAUCUAUUUCUAAUUUGUCCACCCCUGGACCUAAAGUGCCGCCUGCCACUAGUCCAAAGCCUCGCAGUGCAGUUCAGAGCAACAAGGUUCAGACUUGGAACUUGAGCAGUUCUGUUACUACAACUUCCACUUCCUCAGAUCUUCAAUCAGGGGUGGCGAUGAAUGCCGGAACAGGCUCCAGGCCAGCCCCAAAAAGGGGACGAGGACAGAUGAAACCUCAGGCUCCCAGUGGCACCAGGAUACCGAUUUGUCAGAUUUGUGGAACUCCAAUAAGAGGUCCUUUUGUUGUCGCUCUCGGUAAAUCUUGGUGUCCCGAUCAUUUCUUGUGCGCCAACAAUCGAUGCCAAACUUCCUUAGUCAAUAUAGGCUUCGUAGAAGACAGAGGACAGUUGUACUGUGAAAACUGCUAUGAAGUACACUUGGCGCCAACUUGCUCAAAAUGUUUGAAGAGAAUUAAAGGGGACUGCCUAAAUGCUUUAGAUAAACAAUGGCAUCCAAAUUGUUUCAUUUGUUGUUAUUGUUCAAAGCCAUUUGGAAACAGUUCAUUUUAUAUGGAAGAUGGAAGACCAUACUGUGAAAAAGAUUGGAAUGAACUAUUUACUACAAAAUGUGUUGGUUGUGGCUUUCCUAUUGAGGCUGGUGACAGGUGGGUAGAGGCCCUCAACAACAAUUACCACUCACAAUGCUUCAAAUGCACGAAAUGCCUGAAAGGUUUAGAAGGUCAAAGUUUCUAUGCAAAAGGCGGGAAGCCCUAUUGCAAAAUUCAUUCAAGAGACUAAAUAUCGUCAAAAUGUUUGAAACUCUAGUCAAGAGAAGAGGAAAAAAACUUUCUGAGGAACUGAUGGACGCUGCAGAUGCUUAUCCCCACUAUAAAACAAGAAUCUUCAAGUGUGGAUACAGCUUCAAAACAAAUAAAUAAAAAUCCAGUAGUUUAAGCUUCAGUGUGCCAUUUGAUGCAUUAUGCAUGAAAGACGUAGAAGUAUGACUGAAAUAAUGACUUUUUAAAGUAAUAACAUGCUUAGCCUUUUAUUUUUGAACGUUUUUCUGUACUGCGAUUCUUUUUAAGUUAGUUUUAUUGAUGCUUUGUUAAAUUAAAAUCUAUCUGAAAAACUGUA